AUGAACCGCGCUGCCCAGCCCUUGUUCACGCGCGCAGCCACCGGCCUCCCCCCACCUUAUGAGGUGCUCAAGGAGGAGCAGGAGGUGGUGCUCGGGGAGUCCCUGGGCCCGGAGCCCCUCGGGCCAGCUCCCGUGAGGUCCACGGUGAUCAAUAUCCGCAGCGACAUCGCUGUUCCGGACCACGUCGUCUGGUCCCUCUUCAACACGCUCUUCCUGAACUGCUGCUGCCUGGGCUUGGCGGCCUUCGCCUACUCAGUGAAGUCCAGGGACAGGAAGAUGGUGGGCGACGUGAUAGGAGCCCAGAGCUACGCGUCCACUGCCAAGUGCCUGAACAUCUUCGCUCUGGUCCUCAGCCUCCUGGUGAUCGUCCUGUUCAUCAUUCUUAUUGCCACGGGCACAGUGAUGAGCUUACAAGCCGCUGCAGAGAUGAUUAAGAACCAUCCAGGCUACUAG